GGUUUUGCAAUGUGUUUUUUGUUGAAAUUCUUCCUUAUUCCUCAGGAUAAAUAAAUACCUACAUUGUAGGAGUUCGAACAAUAUAUACACAAUCAUAUUAUAAAAGAAAAAUAUCAUUUUACAUGAGACAGACUCCCGAAUUUUGCUUUUGAAUAGGAUUGUGCGCAGCUAGAAAUAAUUGACCAAAAUGUCCAAAAUUUUUACUCCUGUGAACCAAAUUCGUCUGACGAAUGUAGCUAUUGUAAGGUUAAAAAAAGGAGGAAAGAGAUUUGAAAUAGCUUGUUAUAGAAAUAAAGUGGUGUCUUGGAGAAACAAGUUGGAAAAGGAUAUAGAUGAGGUGCUACAAACACAUACAGUCUUUGUAAAUGUAUCAAAAGGCCAAGUUGCAAAGAAAGAAGAUUUAAUAAAAGUGUUUGGUAAAGAUGAUCAAACUGAAAUAUGCAAAUUAAUUUUAGACAAGGGAGAACUUCAGGUAUCAGACAAAGAACGGCAUUCACAAAUCGACUCUUUAUUCAAGGACAUUGCCACCACAGUUUCCGAUAAAUGUGUUAACCCGGAGACUAAGAGACCCUACCCGGUAUCAAUCAUAGAAAAAGCUAUGAAGGAUGUACACUUCUCUGUAAAUGUAAAUAAGAGUGCUAAACAGCAAUCGCUUGAAGUUAUCCAAUUAAUUAAAAAGGAAAUUCCUCUGGAAAGAGCACAAAUGAGAGUCAGAAUUCUAUUGAAUGGCAAAGAGGCUCGGAAGGUGCGGGAUAAAGUGGUGAAAUUUGCAACCAAUAUUGAAGAAGAAAACUGGGAAGCUGGCACUGCAAAUUUAAUAUGCCUGAUUGAUCCAGGAAGUUUUAGAAACCUUGAUGACAUUAUAAGAACAGAUACAAAGGGUAGUGGACAAUUUGAACUUCUCAACCUCAAAGAGAUGGUUGAAGGAGAACAGGAAUUAUAAAGUCCACAUACAAAGAAAAGAAGUAAAAAAUAUUUUUUUAUACCCAAGAUUUUUUGGUUAACAAGAGUCAGAAUUUGAGAAAAACCUUUAUUUAUUAAUAAACUAAGACUUAAAUAUUGUACUGGUUGUAUUAUGUUUAUGCUGUUGUGUUGAUUUUUACUGUUUUGGAAUAAAUGACAUAUUAAUUGAGAAA